AUGGCAAUGGCAGCCUCAACCGAAUGGCCACAAGACCCAAGCUGUCUCAUGGCUAGUAGGCUUGGUGAUGAUAGUCAGAUCUAUGUUGAUGAUGAAGAUGACUCUAAAUUCCAAAAAGCCUCCGAAGUAAAGAUUCAUCUUGACGGAGACUUGGAUUUAUCAUUGCCACAGACAGCAAGCGGGGAUGAACCCACCACUGCAGGAGAGGCGCUGGUGUCAUUUCUGACUGGCUGGAAACCAUUGAAAGAGCUCGUAUUGUGGCAUGAAGACUAUGCUCAUCUUCCCUUGGGAACACUCAUACAGCUGGUUCGACAAAUGGAUGCGCCGGACCUUCGGGAAAUCAUUUUGAUGCAAGACGUGUCACUCUUUGGGAGUGUGGAACAAAUGAAAUCUCUUGCCACCACUAUACAACAAUAUCUGCCCAAUUUAGUGUCUCUUGAUUUUUAA